AUGGCCAAUGCGGAUGCAGCAUUGCGAGAGCCAGGACGGGAUGGAGCACUGCGUGAGGAACGGGCAUGUGUGGUUUGUGCUCGUAGAUUCUGGAGCGAAGAGUUGCGUCCAGUUAUUUUGUUCCAAGAUCCAGCUGCUGGAGCUCCAGAGACGGUGGACGGAGAAGAGGAAGAUCAGCGAGUGAAGAAGAUUGCACCUUCGCAACAACGUCGACUGUGUCGAGUUCUGGGCGUACAGCGCUACCUGGAGCGUUGGCCACAGCUACAGGCCCGUCCAGAGGCCAUUGCAGAGCUGAAGGCAUCGGCGGUCGAGCAUCCAUUCUUGAAGGAGGAGCUGCUCCUUUUACAUCGACGCCGAAUGCCAGCUGAUGUCAGGGACCCAUGCGACGUUUGCCGAGAAUGCUGUGGUCCCUUGACAUCAAGCAUGGUGAGCCUUCCUCGGUACAGCUUAGCCAAUGAUUUGUGGAUCGGUCGACAACUUCCAGCUUUGAGAAACUUGGCAGCGGCCACCAAACGUUUGUUACCAAUGGUGCGCACCUGUCUGCAAGUCACUGUUCUGCAGCCCGGUAACCUCGUUCGAGAGGAACGGCAGAAGGGCUUCAUCGGCAACAGCAUCUUUUUGCCGCAGGCUGCGCCCACAGCCAUUCGAGCUGUCCUUCCGCCGCCAGAACAGGACAUGCAGGAGUCCAUUCUCUUUGUUUUGGUCGGCGAUGGACAGAACAAAACAGCCCUUCAAAGCAGUGCAUUGUUGAAGGCCCCUCGUGGCGAGUACGAAUCUGCAGUUCGAUGUCUUCAAAGCACUUCGCCGUACUACGAAGAAGUCACGCUUCGGGACGCUGGUGAGUCUACGUUGCAGGGUUGCAUUUUGGAAACCGGUGUCAACAGCUACUUAGCCAAACAGUUGCUUCAACAGGGCCCGGCUGACGCACAAGGACAAGAGGAUGAUGAUACCGAAGAAAAUCAGGAAGCGGAACCAAUGGAAGAUGCAGGUCACUUGGUGUCGAGCAUCGUGGGCCUCAAUGAUGGUGAGGACGAGCAAUGCAAAUGGUUGAAAGUUGGUCGUGAUAUGCAAGAGCUCUGUCGUCGCAAGCCUGGAUCCCGACUCAGUGUGGCACAAGAAGUUUGCAGAGAUCGAGAUGGCAACGUGGUGUCUGAUGGCUCAUCUGCCCAGAGUUCUCAACUCCUUGGUCGCGAAGGACUUCGAGAGCGACAGGCCCUAGGGCAGAUCAAGAGCAUCCAAAGUCUGGCGGCCCAGUCUGCACAGAGUCAUCGGCAGGUGGAAGCGGACAUGUUCCAAGUCCGACCUUCCAAACUGGUGGUGCCGUCACAAGGGUCGCCUGCUUCUAUGUUUGAGCCUUCGACCUGGGCAAUGGCAUUUCCGGACUUGUUCCCCUGGGGCGAUGGAGUUCCAUUUCUGAAGCGAGAGACUCGCAUGGAUGCAGCAGAGGUCUUCCGAUACCUGCUCAUCCGCGAGGAGCUGCAGUACAAGCUACCGUCAGAGUCGGAGCUUGUUUCUGCCCCUUUGCCACGAUGGUCUCUAUCAGUGGCUCGCAGGUUGGUGGUUGACGAUUUGUAG